CUAAAAGGUGGUAUGCCCGACUGGCCGAAUCGGAGGACGGGUACAAGUUCCCUGAACGCAGCUAGAUUGCAGAUCCUCCAGCCGGGCCGCGCACUGAGCAUGCUCCGACCUCAGGGAGCCGCCUGACGGGGCUAGAUUAAACUUCCGUCAGUCCGUGGAUCCGCCCCCACGCUGCCCGGGGCAGUCCGCUACCCUACUUCUUCCAGGCCCCUCUUAGGCCUCGCCCCGCUUGGCUUCCAGUUUGCCCCAGCGGCUCCGCCCUCCCCUGUAGGCCCCGCCCCCGGCCCCGGACCAGAAAGGGCUGCCGGACCUCUUGAGUGCUUGCACCUUGGCUCUCUCAGUCCUCGCGGCCCGCACGGUGUGCAAGUUGGAACCUGAGGAGAUACGUGCUGGCCUCUGGAACAAGGAUUCUCCUCAGUCCCUUGCCUCCAGAGACCUCUGCAGCCAUGCUGCUUUUCAAAGGUCCUUGGCAGGAUGGGAAAGACCUGUGAGAUGAAAUACAAAACGCUGGACAGCCCUUUGGGGAAAAUAGAAAUAUCUGGCUGUGAGCAAGGACUGCACGGGAUAAGGCUGCUCAGCCAGAAGUCCUCUAGCACUGACCCUGUAGAGGCCCCAGCAAUUCCUGAGGCUCUCAGCAGUCCAGAAGGAAUGACAGAGCCCCUGAUGCAGUGCACAGCCUGGCUGGAUGCCUAUUUCCACAAGCCUGCGGCCAUCAAAGGACUCCCCUUGCCUGCUUUCCACCACCCUGUGUUCCAGCAAGAUUCAUUCACCAGACAGGUGUUAUGGAAGCUGCUGAAUGUUGUGAAAUUCGGAGAAACAAUUUCUUACCAGCAAUUAGCAGCCCUGGCAGGCAACCCCAAAGCAGCUCGCGCAGUGGGAGGAGCUAUGAGAAGCAAUCCUGUUCCCAUCCUCAUCCCCUGCCACAGAGUGAUCUGCAGUGACGGAGCCAUGGGCAACUACUCUGGAGGAAAGGGUGUGAAGGAGUGGCUUCUGGCCCACGAAGGCAAUCAAGUAGGGAAGCCAGCCUGCCGGGAGUAAGGUCUGGCCGGAACCACUAGCUCUCAGCUUAUUGUCUAAAAUUGAGUAUUUGUAUUCGAAGUAAACGUUUGAGUGACACAUAAAUGUAAUGCCACAUUGGAGGCAGGAUGUGUGGUGGCACCACUAUAUUAAAAGAGCCAGAUGUGUCCUGAGGGACAUAGCAUGGCUGCCCUUUCUUGUUUCUACAUUUUACAGCAGAAUGCAUUCAGAUGACCAGCCAUUGUGUGUGUCAUUGGUUCCCUUCUCUAAAAUGGUUAUUGUUCCAUUUUUAAUGUCCAUUAAAAUGGGGAGAGUGGGGAAAGCCUGGAAAACCUUAGGGGCCCUGCCUGGAAAGGGGGAAGCACCUGGCACCCAGCUGGCUACCCUAGACUGUCCACACUGAACAGUUGACCCCACCCCAGCAGGGUCCCCAAGUGGCCCUUCCUUCCUUCCUUCCUUCCUGGCUAUUUGUCCUGCUGAAUGACGACUCACACUCAGCCUGAAUACUCCAUGCUCAAAUCUAACUGAAGGAAAGUGGACAAGCCAGGUACUCUGUACUAGCUGCUAGAACAGCUGAGGCAAAUGUAUCCCCAUACAAUCAGAUCAACUAGAUAGAAAAUAACCAUUUCCAGAAAGAUUUGGAAAGACAGCUCUUGAGACAUGGGUUUGGCUGAAUUGUCACCUUUCUAGGUACUUAGCUCUCACCCCAGAUCCUAGCCUCUCGUUGUCUUUGGCUUAGGAUGCUCUGAGAAGCAGGGAAGACAAGCCACUCGUGAGGAACAGGGACCCAUUCAGACCCUAGAGCUGGCCGGG